AUGAUGCUAACUCGGUCUCCCGUUUCCGCAACCGCAACCUCCCCCACGACAACCGUGACCGUGACCGCAACCGCAACCUCUCCGAGACCGAGUCGCGGUGCUCCCCAUGGUCGCUUCCACUAUGCUCCUACCCUUUCACCACGAGAAGCAGCUUCCCGGAUCCCGGCCCCAUCGUCUCGCCGGCAAUCCACAACCGCCCCCGCCACUUCGUCAACCUCUCCUUCCGUUCCAAUCCAGGCACGACACGCCCCAGUAUCGAUAGCCUCCUCCCCCGCAGCCUCCAGCCCCGGUUCCGGUCCCGGCUCUCCUUCCUCAUCCCGGCCUCGGCGCUGGGCGGGCGUCGAUGUAGCGACCCAGUACUCGCCCAUGGAGCCGAUGGAUUACACGACCGGUGCCCUUCUCUCUAGUCGGACCCCUGCUUCUUCGAACAAUCAAGCCGUCGCCCGAGACCUAGUCGAGUCCCAACCUCCACAUAUACAUACCUCCGUUGAGCCCAUGGCUUCCCACAAGGAACAGGCCUCUGCCUCGGCCUCCCCAUCAGAAGCUGUCACUGCUCCCAUCCCGCAUGGCCCGACGGUGGCCGUAGCGGUGCCCCCGACUCCUCCAGUCUCCUCAGCGGCGCCCCAACCGCAUCCGGUGUCGCAUACUCCUCAGACAGGUACCCCCGUGAAAAGGAGGAACCCCCAAGGCGACGUCACCCACAGCCAAGUUGAAGCGGCGAGCGCCGGGCAAAGCGGUCCGCACUCCCCUAAGCGGGCCAGGUUGGCGCCGAAGGUUGUGCCCCGGCGAUAUGAGCACUGUCCAGUCGAAGACCUGGUUGUGCUUAUCGCGCACAUGCUGGGCGAGCUCAUUGAACUCAACGACGAGCAGGCUCAGAAGGCUGGGCAGCGUCAUAACCUUACAAGAUUUCACUCACGAACGGCCCCUGGAAUAUCAGUUUUGGAUUAUCUUCACCGACUCGCGAAACACGCCUAUCUUUCACCACCUAUACUUCUUUCCAUGGUUUAUUAUAUCGACCGGCUUUGCGCACUAUACCAGGACUUUACCAUCAACACACUUACCGUUCAUCGGUUCCUGAUAACAGCCGCUACCGUUGCCGCCAAGGGGCUCUCUGACUCCUUUUUAACAAACACACUAUAUGCGAGAGUGGGUGGUGUUAGAGUCGCCGAACUCAACAUGCUUGAGUUGGAAUUCCUUCACCGCGUUGACUGGAAGAUCGUGCCCGACCCCGACGUCCUUGUGGCAUACUAUGGUGGGCUUGUGGCUAGAUGCCCUGGAUACAUACUGGAAUCUCCAGAUCCUGAAGAAGCAGACGACGAAGACGAGGACGAAGAACUAGAUGAAAGCGACGCGAUAGGCGACGACGAUGACGAAUUAGACGGCGAAGAUGGAGAAGAAGAAGAAGAAGAAGAUAUGAGUUGA